GGCGGUAAGGCACACCAAAAGCUGAUUGCCAACCGCCAAUAAACCGAAGAAGAAGACGAGUUGCGUUGGUUUGUAAAGCUACCAUCUAGAACAGGACCAUCUGCUCGGGUCGCUGGAGAGAACCUGGAUUCACGGCUUAUCUCCUGAGCUGUAAAUACGUCCAGCUGUGCUGCAGUCACGUCACGCUGAUGUGUCAGGUGGAAGAAGAGUAUCACGAGCAGCUGGAGCGCGUGGACGCACCUGGUGUUUCGAAAAAAUGUGCGAAAUGCAAGGAGGAGCUGGCAGCUGUGGUCAUCAGAGCAGGAGAUGCUUAUUGCAGGAGCUGUUUCAGAGAUAGCUUUAUCCAUAAGUUUAGAGCCAUGCUGGGGAAAACCAGAGUCAUCUUCCCUGGAGAGAAGGUGCUGCUGGCUGUGUCUGGGGGUCCUUCAUCCUGCUCAAUGCUCAGUCAAGUCCAAGAGGGUGUGAGUCAGAAUGCUCAUAAAAAGCUGCGGUUCUCACCUGGGAUUGUUUACAUCGAUGAGGGUGGCGCUCAUGGCCAGUCUAAAGAGAUGAAACUGAAAACAACAUCUGAGCUUUGUGAAAUGUUCAGAUCAACUGGUUUUCCCUUCUACAUUCUACCACUGGAGCAGGUUCUGGACCUUCCUGGAUCUGUUGUGGUGGCUCCUUCAUCACCGUUAGACCAACCCAGGUCUGCCUACAAAGCGGCUGUGGAUCUCUUCCUGCAGAGUGGCAGCGGCAGGACUGAUGUAAUGGCUCAGGAGCAGGAGGGUGUGUCACUACCUGCUAUCCAGGAGUCCCAGACACACUUACUGCAGCAGCUGAUCGGCUCAGCUAAAACACUGACGGCUAAACAAGACCUUUUAAACACCCUAAGGCAGCAUCUGCUGGUGCACACUGCUCGGACUAGAGGCUACAGUAAACUCAUGCUUGGAGACAACUGCACGAGACUCGCCGUGAAACUGCUCACCAGUAUAACACUGGGCAGAGGAGCACAGUUGGCCCAGGACACGGGCUUCUCCGACUGCAGGUAUGGUGAUGUAGUAGCAGUGAGGCCAAUGAGGGAAUACUCAGCUAAAGAAAUAGCUUACUACAAUCAUAUGUUCAAAGUGCCAUCUGUUGUCAUCCCAAGCCUGGACACAAAGACACCUGACAAGGCGAGCAUCCAGCGUCUGACCGAGAGCUUUGUCACCAAACUGCAGGCAGACUUUCCUUCUACUGUGAGCACAAUCUACCGGACCGGCGAGAAGCUACAGACCACCUGCAGGAGCUCCUCUGCUGCUGAGGGCACUGACCGAUGUCUGCUGUGUAUGUGCAACCUGGAUACAGUUGUAGAGGAGGCUUCAGCUCUCCAGGCCACACUGAUUUCAGAGCAGCUCUCUCAGAGUAAAGUCCCUCAUACCUCAGGCCAAAACUCAGUGAAACCAGAACCAACUGCUGCUGUUGGACAGUGUUGCUCCUCUGAAGGACCCUGUGGGGGGCCAGAAGGUGCUGUUGGCUGCUAUUCUUCUCCAAAGCAACCUGAGGCGGCCGAGCUGAGGAGCCUGCUGUGUUACAGCUGCCAGCGGACCAUCAGGGACAUGUCUUCUGUUCAUCAUCUCCCUCAUUAUGUUCUGUCAGAGGCUCACAGAAGGCAAACCUGGUCUGCGAUGAGAGAGCAGAUCAGUGAGUUCCUGCUGGAUGAUGCGGAUGAAAACGAUUAGAGGGAGAAGAUCAAACUCAAACACGGUUUAAUUUAUUUUUAUAUCAUGGUGAAACUUCUUGUAACCAUAAUUGUUCAAUUCUUUUUUUAUCAAUAAAGCAGAUAUUGUCCCAGAAUUUA